AUGGGUUUCGCUGACCUCCUCACCGAUGCUGGAGCUACCAUGCUCAACAACUGGGUUGCUACCCGCUCCUACAUCGUAGGAUACGGCCCCUCGCAGGCUGAUGUUGCCGUCUUCAAGGCUUUCAGCACCGCCCCUGCCGCCGACAAGUACCCCAACGCUGCUAGAUGGUACAAGCACAUUGCCAGCCACGAGAGCGAGUUCGCUACCCUCCCUGGUGACCCCUCCAAGGCCUACUCUGCCUACGGCCCCGAGUCUGGCGACCUCACCAUCAACCCCGCUAAGGCUGCCGAGGCCGACGACGACGACGAUGUCGAUCUAUUCGGCUCCGACGACGAGGAGGAGGAUGCCGAGGCCGUCAGAAUCCGUGAGGAGCGUCUCGCCGCCUACCGUGAGAAGAAGGCUGGCAAGCCCAAGACCAUUGCCAAGUCUGUCGUCACCAUGGACGUGAAGCCCUGGGAUGACGAGACCGACAUGGUUGCUCUUGAGGCUGCCGUCCGUGGUAUCGAGAAGGAUGGUCUGGUUUGGGGUGCUUCCAAGCUUGUCCCCGUUGGUUUCGGUAUCAAGAAGCUUCAGAUCAACCUCGUCGUUGAGGACGACAAGGUCUCCCUGGAUGAGCUCCAGGAGCAGAUCGCGGACUUCGAGGACUACGUUCAGUCGUCGGACAUUGCCGCUAUGCAGAAGCUGUAA